GAGGUUUUUGAAGAAUACUUCCAAUCUCUGAAGGAUAAGAAUGUACCCCAGAGACUGAGUUAUGCAGGCACUAGUAACAAUGACAGCCAUCACGGAAAUACAACUAACAGCCAAAAUGAUGAACAAAUAUGGGAUUCAGAUGACCCCCUUCCUCCUGCUCAUCACUAUUUUUUCCAUCAUGAUCCAAGGAUUCAGAACUUAGUCCGCAAUCGCUUACCCAACUUUUCUCCACUUGGUGUCAUUAACAACAGAAAAUAUCAGCAGCCUAAUGCAUCAGCUAUUGAUUACAUGAGACAAUUUAACAAUGAAGAAGCUUCUAAACGGCAGGCAACUCAGAAACUGAAUGUUGAUAAAAGCCGCACAAGGGGAAGAAAUAAAUUGAAAAAAUCAAAUUAAUACUGAAGAUGUCGUGCUUGCUUCUGGAGGUUGGAUGGACCCCAAGCAGAAUGCAACUCAGAAAAUCAAUGUCAACAGGUCAACAAAGGGAAGAAGUAAAUCAAGAAAAUCACAUGCCAAAGAAGUUUCACAAGCUCCUGGAAGUUGGGUGGAACCAAAAAGCCAUGCUAGCACACCAAAGGAUGCUGGCAAAAGACGGGUUCAAGCAAAUGGCGAGUCUGCAGGUCAUUGGUUUACAAACUCAGAUGGAAGGAAGGUUUAUAUCAAUAGAAGUGGGCAGGAAUUGACAGGUCAAAGUGCUUAUAGGCAAUACCGGAAGGAGAGUGGAGCAGGGGGGUUUAGGAAGUCAAAAAAGAAAGCUAGCACCAAGAAGUGAAAAGGCUGAAGCACGACGCUUAAGGAUUUUAUCCAUUUAUUACUUGCAACUUGUAGAAUGUACUUGGAGGACUUGCAUUGUAAGUGGUUCUAGUCAUGAAAUCCCUACUUCACUGUAGAAAA